UUGGAAAAAGCCCUGAAUCUUCUAAUGAACCGGGGCAAAUCUUACUCGACCCACCCGAUUGCCAACUCUAUAUAUCAUUUUCCUUCCCACCAUUUCCGGUCAAUGGUACUGCAGAUAACACGGUUUUUGAAAAGAACGAGAAGCGAGAAGGGAUGGCCAAGCGUGUGGGUAUGAGUCGGGAUAACGGCAGAGGCAGGAAAGGGUGGACGCUGACCGCCGCCGUCACUAACAUCUUCGAAUUUGUCAGAUUGGCCGAGUUCGAGAUCCUCUUUAUCCUCUUCCUCAUCAUCGCUUUUAUCAUCUUCAAAGAUCUCACUUCGCGGCCUGAAUACAAUCAAUUGCUCGUGAAAAAACCCGGCGGUGUAGAUUGGUGGCCGUACUAAGAAUGGGAAGUGGAUGCGAUGGGGCAUAAUUCCAUUCCUUAGGAUUAUUUUGUUUCUUUUCCCUUCCUCUUUCACUUCCAGAUGGUUGCUUUUUUGUUGAUUGUUGUUGAGGUCUAUAUUCUAUAGAGGAACCCCCUCCUGGCUUCAUGCUUGUAACCAAACUAGCUUCUUCUUUUUGUUUUAGUUGUUUACUUUGUUGUUAAGGUGUAAGGAACCCCUUCUGGUUUGAAAUCGAAACAAUCACUACUUUGUUGA